AUGCCGUCCUCAUCCACGAAACAUAGUCGUUCUUCCUCCCACCCAUCCUCGGCUACUCAUCAUAGUAGUCGUUCCAAGCACAAGAUUCGCAAGUCGGUAUCGAGUGAUUCACCCCCGAAAUCAGUUGUUAUUCUCCUUCCACCACAAGCACCUCCUGUCAUCAUCUCCUCGCCGUCCCACCGCACGGCCGUGCCCGCUGCCCCCGCGCUCCUCCACUCAUCAUCCAAGUCAAUGCCGGUCCCCACCCAGAUCCACACCUCCUCUUCAUAUCCUCCUCCCGUCAACGUCACGACCAGUACAUCGCACCACCAUAGGGCUCCCCAUGGCGCGUCAGGAAGUCGAAGUAAAUCCCGGCAUCAUUCGAGCGGGCCCAGCCAUAGUAUGCCCGUUAGCUCGUCCCCCCCUCACACCACAAAGUAUAGCUACACGAUCGCCCCUAUCGGGCGCUCUGUGAGUAAUACUUCAUCUGGUAGCGGACAUGGGUACCCUAGUCACCAUAGUGCACGAGCAACGGUGACGAGACCGGAGGAUGAGUACUACGAUCAUCCGGCGGUUCGGGCAUACGAGAUGCAGAAGGCGGCGGAGCAGGCGAGGUGGAAUAGGAAGGCGCAGCUCGAACGCGAGCAGAUGCAGCAGCAUCGUGUUCAGGUCCAGGUGUUCAAUGCUCCAGGAAGCCAACACCGUUGGUGA